AUGGAUACCCCGCAGAGAGCGAACGCCGCGCAGUUGGCAGCUAGACAGCUGAAGGCAAAGCCCAAGGGAAGACUCCAGAGUGGACGAUUCAACUCUGGACUGCAGAGUGGUGGAAACAUGCUUGGUGGUAGCUUACAAGGCGCAGGGUCUUUCAACCCUACUGCACCCGGAGGACUGAGCAUCCCUACGCCUUCUUUUGGUUCCUUUGGAAGCAACUCCACCGUGUCGCCAGAUACAGAUCCAGAGCCGGGUCGGUUCUUUGGAGACGAUAGGGCUACAAAGAGACAGUUUGGAGGGCCUUCUACAAUUAAGCCAAGUCAGCCGGCCUUUCAACCUAAUGGGUUUGGACAGAGUCAGCCCAAUACGCUCGGAAAUGUCUCGCAGCCUUCGACUGGUGGAUUUUCAUUUGGGGGCCCGCCUGCAACACCUACGCCUGCGAUUACCUUUGGCAGCGGAGCAAAUAUGUCAGCUAGCUCGCAGUUCUCAUUCGGUGGUGGCAUUCAGUCUGCACCUGCUAAUCCUGCGAUCAACUUUGGGUCGGGAGCGAAUGAAAACAGACCCGCGAACACCCCAUAUGCUUUUGGACAGCAAAAUGCGCCUCCCCCAGCGUCGAAUUCGCCUUUCGUUUUUGGUUCGACUGCUGCACCUGCAACUCCGCAGCCUCCUGCGUCAAGUUCGAUCUUCAACUUUGGAGCAUCAGCGGCACCCGAAAAAUCUGCUGCAUCGAACUCGCCCUUCCAGUUUGGCUCCACUGCGAUGCAGCAGAAGCCCGCAGCUUCCCCUUUCAUUUUUGGUCAGAAUGCGGCAACACCUUCUAGUUCUGGCGUAAACUUUGGUUCGACUACCACAACUGCUCCUCCAAUGAGUAAUCUCUUUGGAACCUCUACAGGGCAGCCAACAAGUAUAUUCGCAUCAUCAACACAGUCGCCUCCUCCAACCAAAUACUUGUUUGGAAAUUCCAAUGUUGCACCUGCUCCGAAGAACGAUUCGUUUGGAAGACCAAACACUGGACCUGCUCCAGCCAACGGCCUUUUCGGCAAUUCGAAUGCUGGGUCUGCGCCACCAAGCAACUUAUUCGGAAGCCGAGAACAAAGUCCUGCACCGGCCGCUCCUCCUAGCAACCUGUUCGGCUCCCAAAGUCAACAACCGGCAUCGUCCACGUCCAACUUCUUCGGAGCUUCUACUCAGCCAUCUUCAUCACCAAAGGUGCAAGAAGAGAAGCCCGCUGCGACUACCAAUAGCAUUUUCAGUGGUCUGAACAACCCAGCUGCCUCUGCGACUAGCAACUUCUUCAGUAGCCCUAAACCACAGCCUCCACCAUCAAACAAUAUGUUUGGCAAGUCGGACCAGAUGACGCCAGCAAAUCCGUUUAAAAUGCUUAAUAAGCCUGUCGAUGACUCGGUAAAGCAAUCUCAAAUUAACGGAUCCGACAGCGAUGCUACUCCGAAGCCCAAUCCCCCAUCCAUAUUUACCCAAUCCAAUAACUCGGCCAGCCUGUUUGGUCAAUCUCAGCCUUCGCACACUAGGGCCGCCGAAGACAACAGAAACAAUAGCGAUGCCACUGCCAAGCCACUUUUCUCUCUCGGUUCAAGUUCAUCUUCCCAACCCACAAACAUCUUCUCUCCAAUGAAGAACCUCGCAGCACCCCCUGCCGAUAAUCAACCUGCGCCCAGUGCAAUGUUCCCUCGUCUACCUGAACCAACACAGAGCUCUGAAAGAUCACUCGCGCCACCGAGCCCCCAAAAGGCACUCGAAAACCCUAACCUGUCUAACUCACAGAACGCACAGCAGCCUAUCCCUGAUGACAGCAACGAUGAAAGACCGCUCAUCCCUGAUGUCUUCAAUAUCACCCACGAACAGAUUGAUCCCUAUCUCCCUACUGGGCUAGAUGAGUACGCUCGGAUGAACCACAUUGUCCAGUUACAACUCAACAGCUUGAACACGGGCAUGGCUACCCUAUUCAGUGAACUUGAAGCCUUUACUGAUCCGAGUGGUGUCUUCCGUCGGUACAUUGAUGCCAGAAAGAAGUAUAUGGAUGAGUGGGAGGCUUUUAAAGCUAACUACAAUGGAGGUAUCACGAAUUGCACCAGCUCAAGCAAGCUACCUCGACAGACUGGAAUGCCAGCCUCGGGUCAAUCAACUCAGUCGCUAACAAAGCGCAAGCUUGUCGAGGAUGAAGACCAGGAGAACGAGAACCCUGGCAAGAGAGCGAAGGAGCAAGAUACCCCAGCUCAACCUCCAUUCCAGGCUCAAUCUCAAGCUCAGGCUCCAGUAAACGGCGCUCCCGAGGUUGACGGUGCCAGCACUCAUAGCAAACCUCUCCAGAGCACCGGCUCACCUUUCAAACCUGCUCCGACGUUCAGUCAAAAUGUGUCCUCCACGCCAUUUGCACCCGCUCCUUCAACUUCGGGCUUAUCUUCCAAGCCUGCUCCGGCAUUCAGUCAGAACGGAUCCUCUACUUCAUUUGCACCAACUACCUCAACUCCAAACACACCUUUAAAAUCCGCUGCCGCAACCUCCAGUCAAAAUGAAUCUUCAGCCUCCCCUCCCGCAAACCCCUCCAUCUCGAAAGGAAAGAGAAAGGCCGAGGAGCAAUUGACGGAGGAUACGAAGGAUGGUGUCAGCCCAUUGAGGCAAAUCAAGACUCCUAGACUGAAUGGGUCCACCUCAACCACGUCAAACCCGUCUAACACCUCCAAUAUCUUCAAAAGUAUCCUCGACAGUCCCUCUCAGCCCAGCAGCUCCUCAAAAAUUCCAGAGAGAAAGAUGGCUCCGCUACGCGAGUCCAAGGAUGAACCGCCUCGGUUCAAUCCAUUCGGCAACAUACCAGUACCUGGCUCACCUGCCAAGGUUACUUCUUCUCCAUCACCAGCUCCCGUUGCACGCGUAUUCCCUCCUACUGCUUUUACGCCAAAAAACCCUUCGUCUUUGUCAAACAUGUUUACAGCAGCUACGCCCAGCCCUCCAAACAUUUUUGAACCAAAGGUCACCGCUGCCAGGGCUGCCAUGCCUUCUCUUGCUCAGCAAUUCUCGCCAAAUUUUAUAGCCAAGCCCCCUGUAAUGUCCAGUGCUGACGCUUUGGCACAAUUCGCCCGAAAGGCUGCUGAGAACAAAAAGAAGGAGGAGAAGAAGCGAGAGGACGACAAGUUCGACAAUGACUAUGACUCAGAAGAGGAUGGCGAUCCAGAGGAAUGGAGAAAAAAGUAUCGAGCGGCUCGCAAAAUCGAGCUGGACGAGUUGGAAGCUCUUGGCAAGAAACUAGGCCAAGGCUUCAAAGUAAAGCCCCUCUCAAACGGUGCAAAUCCAAGCACUCCAGUAAAGCCCCUAUCAAACGGUGCAAAUACAAACACUCUAGGAUCCACAUUUAAGGGAUUCGGAGACCGCCCAUCACUCGAGCGUUCAACCAGCCCUGCAGAUUCUGUGCAACCAUCCAUUGAGCCCAAGCCAAUCUUUGGUUCUACUUUCCAGCCUCAAGGCUCGGGAAUGAGUGCCUUCAGCUCUGUUAACGCCUCCAGAGCAUCGACACCUGGCCUCUUCGGAAGCAGCAGUGGAUCUAUACUUGAUGGUACUGCAUCUUCGAAACCGCUGACUGGUGUCAAAAACCCAUUUGCACACCUGUCUCCAGCUAGUGGGGCCCAGGCUGACGAAGCGGGUGAAGACAGUGAGGGAGAAGAGAAUGAUGAUGACGAGGAGAAUAAGGACCCGAGCUACAAGCCUGCCGAUAGUAGCGCGAGUGGCCCAGGCACUCCUAGUACUCCGGCUAACGAACAUGGAGCUGACAUUUCUUCCGCAAUGAAGCCAAACCCUGUCGGUUUCGGAGGUUACGGUACUCCUAAGACUUCGACUAUAUUUGGUGCCAGCAUAGGUACUAGCGCGCCUGGCGGUAAUUCGUUCAGUGGUUUUGCUACGACCUCCAGCACCCCUAGCAUCUUCGAGCGAUUUGGCAAGAAGCCAGAGUCGGCUUCGGAAAACGAACAGAGUGCAAACCCAACUCCUGGUAGAAGCCUCUUCGAUAUCAUGGGGACAGAUGCCAAUGGAAAGCCAAUGGGCAAGGUUGUCUCAACGGAAGAGAAGGAGAACACUCAACCGAUCACCACCGGUUCCUUCGGAAGUAGCAUAUUUUCCAAGCGACCCGGCGCACCUGCAGACAAUACGUGGAAACCAGAUUCCCCAAUCAAGUUUGGUGAGAGUACAUCUGCCCCGGCUGUCAGCGUCACAGCGGCUACACCGACGAAUGCUCCAUCCUCCAACCUCUUUGGUGGCAAGGACCCUAAGCCCGCUCCCGCGGCAAGCCAUCUCUCUAAUCUGCUCCCCCCUCCGAGCACGCCCAAUGGUCCUGCUCCGUCCAUUUUAGGUUUCAGCUUCGGAGCUCCUGGCGCUGUUACUUCUCUCCUACCAUCUACUGCUGCUUCUGCCACUACCUCUCGUGCAACUUCGCCUGGUGUCACUACAGAUGGUGAUAGCGGUGUAGAACACGAUCCCGACGCCGAGAAGCAGGAGCAGAUCAACCUCACGACUGUUGGUCCUGGCGAGGAGAACGAGGAGGUCGUUCUGGAAGUCCGUGCUAAGGCUACUAAAUUUGAGAAGAAUGAGAGUGGAUGGGUCAGCAAGGGACUGGGGCCAUUGAGAGUACUGAAGCACAAGGAGACAAAGUCUACACGUAUUCUACUCCGUGCCGACCCCAGUGGAUCUAUCAUUUUGAACAAGGCUCUAUUGAGCAACGUGGAGUAUACACAAAACAAGAAGACCGUGAAAAUCAUGGUGCUUGCUGAUGUCGGUACUGCACUUGAGAUAUACAUCUUGCAAGUCAAGACGGAAGAAUCGGCGAAGAAUUUGGCGGAGGUUCUGGAGGCGAACAAGGUUGUGAGCUAG